AUGAACCGGGGGACGAUGAGGUCUGGAUAUGUCUCCAUACCCCAUCACCUGCUCAACAGCGUGCCACAGGUCCCUUAUAUCCUAGCUGAAGUUCCAUCAAACUUGGUCCUGAAGUGGAUCAGGCCCUCUCGUUGGCAGUCCCGAAUCAUGAUCAGUUGGGGUAUUGUGACGGCUUGCACGGCUGCAGUCUCGAAUCUUGGUGGCUUGUACGCGAUGAACCACUACGGCACUCCUCAGACGCUGACCAUUCAUCAAGUUCCCGGCACAUCAGACUGGCUCACACCCAAAGAGCGAGCCUUUCUCCAGGCCCGCCUGCCCGUGGCCUCACCCAGGUCUUCCGAGAAGGACUUUGACAUGAGAGAGGUUAUCAAGACACUCCGCGACAAGAGACUCUGGCUCUUCACCCUCAGUUGGGCACUCCAGACUUGUGGUGCCAGCGGCGUCAAGUUCUACCAGCCGUCCAUCAUCGCCAACAUGGGCUUCAGCAGCAUCGCAACCGCCCAGAUCCUUAAUAUCCCCAUGUCCGUCUUGACCAUUAUCAUCAUCCUCACCGCCGGCUACGUUUCAGACAGAGCCAAGUUCCCGUUGCCGCUCUUUCCCAUCACUAGUACCAUCAUCGUCAUCGCUUCCUACGGCAUCCUCGUCGCAUACCCCAACGAUAUUGCCGUCUAUAUCGGAAUGUUGAUCGGAAACAGCUUUAGCAUUGCCUGGUUCCCGAUGAUGUGGUCGUGGCGUUCCCAGACCGUUAGCGGUGCUACAGGCUCAGCGUUUGCCAUCGGCUUUGUCAAUAGUUAUGGGCAGAUUGGAGACGCCGUUGGACCCCAGAUGUUCCAAGACAAAUACGAGCCACGAUACAGGUUACCUUUUGCCCUAGCCAUGUCCCUCAUAGCCGCCUGUGGUCUCACUAAUAGCUACACGUGGUGGGUUACCCGCCAGACUGAGCGAGAUACUCGGAGGCAUAAACGUGCAAGGCUGGAGGCCAAGCGCAACAACGAGGCUAUUCUGGACGAUAUCGUCGAUCAUGAUCUCGACGGUACUCGCAGGGACUAG